GUUGAAUUCACAAGGCACGAGUCCAGAGAAAUUAGACGAUGUUGUCAAAACCACGACCCUGCCGGUCUCACCCGUACUCACAUGUGCUAUUGAGGUGUAAAUCAUCUCUUCAGUCUUGACAAGAUCACACCAUCAAGCUAUCUUACUGGACUCUCGCGAAGACGCCGACAUGGAUUGGCAAUAUCACAGCCCUACUCAAAAAAAUGCUUCAAAUAGCUCGGACUCAUUCCUCACCCAAAAGAACCAGGGACUCACGAGGACCAACAUACAACCCAAUACACAUGAUCACCCAUGGCACAGAAUAUCCAGUCUGGUCCUGCUCAAACCCAAGUACAGAAAAUAUCACAAUUGGAACCCCGAAUUCUCCCAACAAAACACUAAAACUGGAACAAGAACAUUUCCCGCCACAUAGACUUCUACAUUCUCACUAGAUCAAGGACGUGCACUCAA